AUGCCCAAGUCCCUGAGGGGCCCCGAUGGGGUGCACCCUCAAGUGCGGAGGGAGCUGUCAGGUGGCCUUGCGAGGCCACUGCAAAAGGGAGAUGCGCCUGAGGACGGGAAGAAAGCAGGCAGCGCGUGGGCUGAGGAGCCGCCGGUGUCGUGGCUGGCCAAGCGGCUGAGCAGGCGGGCCCUGCUCCAGGUGGUGACCAGCGGCAGCAAGCGUGGUUGGAGGCCAGGAAGCAGCGGUGAAGGCCAAGGCGAGGGGCAUUGCCAGCAGGCGGAGGGAGGUGGUCCUUCCCCUGUGCCCUGUCCUGCUCUGGGCUGCCCAGGGCAAGAGAGACAUGGCCAGACUGGAGAGAACCCCCCCGCACUGCCCUCCCACUGCCCCCCCCACUGUCCGUUGGCCUCGGAAUGUUGGUCCGCUGGAGCCAACAGCCAGCAGAGAGAGCAGGACGGAGCUGUGCUGGCACGCAGCAGCGCUGCGAGGAGGCAGGCUCUGCCCGAGCAGCACUGCCCCACCACCGGCAGCGGCAGCCCGCUUCCCAUCCUCGCUGUCAGCACCUGCGCCGCCUCCUUGGUGCACAGCGAGGGUCCUCCUGUCCCGGGCAGGAUGGGCCAGGCCAACUGCUGCUGCGGCUCCAGGGAGGCUCUGAGCGAGGCCGAGGCGGUGCUGAGCGCAGACGUGCGGCUGAGCCGGGGCCGCAAGAGGAGCGAGAGGCGCCUUCUCCUCCUCCCAGAGGAACUGGUCAUCGCCAAGUUGCAAGAUGACCCCAGCCUGCGCCCACAGCUCCGCCUGGCCCUGGACCAGCUGUGGGUGCUGAGCAGCGGGAAGGAGGCGGCGGGGGAGGAAGAAGCAGCCAAGGAGGAGGAGGAAGGCAGCGAGGAGGACAGCGCCUCCCUCCUCUUGGUGUGGCCCACGGGCUCCUGCCUGGCCACUUUCGGGUCCCGGGCGCUGAAGGAGCUGUGGGUGGGCGCCCUGCUGGGGACGCCCGAAGGAGACAAGAGAGCCCGCCUGACGCGUCUCCCGUCGCUUCAACUCGUCGAGAAGGAGCUGAGCCGCCGCCAUGCCUGGAGGCCAUUCAACGCCAGGAGCCUGGAGAGGCUGAUGGAGCGCCAGGCAAAGGAUGCUCGCAAGCCAGGGCCUCUGCCGGCCCCGUCAAGCACCGAAGGGGGACUUUGCCGCUCCCCAGGUGAGUUUUGGAAAGAAAGGCGGGAGGGCCUUCUUUUCUCCUGCAACGGGCACGUCUGCGGAAGUGAGGAUGCUGCUGCUGUUGCUGCUGCUGCCCUUCGCCCAGAGGAAGCGCCGGGGCAGGCGGGCUCCGGCUGCAGCAGGCUGCUCUUUGGGCAGCCCCUGGCAGCUGUCUGCGGGGAGGAUGGCACGCUGCCCCGGCCCAUCCAGGAGCUGCUGGCUGUCCUGCAGCGGGAAGGGCCGUCAACGGAGGGCAUCUUCCGCAGAGCUGCCGGCGCGACAGCGCUUCGGGAGCUGCGGGAGGCCCUGGAGCGUGGUGCAGAGGUGGAGCUGGGAAGCCAGCCUGCGCUGCUGCUGGCCGUCGUCUUGAAGGACUUUCUCCGAAGCAUCCCCGGCAAGCUCCUGGUGAGCGAGCUCUACGAGGACUGGAUGGCAGCGCUGCAGAAGAGCAGCAAGGAGGAGAAGAUCUCCGAGCUGCAAGCGGUGGCCGAGAAGUUGCCCGCAGCCAACCUCCUCCUCCUGAAGCGCCUGCUGCGCCUCCUCCGGCACAUCGGCCACAACGCAGCCGCCAGCAGGAUGAGCUGCAGCAACCUGGCCAUCUGCAUCGGGCCCAACCUGCUGAGCCCACCCGAGGAGGACCUGCUCCCGCUGGAGGCCCUGCUGGAGGUGACCGAGAAGGUGAAGGUGCUGGUGGAGUUCCUGAUGGAGAACUGCAGGGAGCUCUUUGGGGAGGAGAGCGCCGAGCCUCGGUGUGCAGCAGGCGAGGAGUGGCCAGCCCCCGUGCCGAGAUGCAGAGACGUGCGUUUGGAAGAGCAAGGCGUCCCUGCAGGCACAGCAGCCGCCGAGCAGGAGGCAGAAGGCUUGCCACACGCAGGCCCAUCUCCGCUCGGUGUCCUCAGCGAAGCGGGGGGAGAGCGGGUGGUGGCGUGUGAAACGGGAGAGGUGGUCUCCUGCCAGCUGCCAACUCCACCGUUUCUUUUGGAGGCCCCUCCAGCUUUGCCUCCAAGCAGCCCCGAGAGCGCGGCAGACUCCCUGGGGUGCCCACAAGAGCCGGCGAGCCUGUCAGAGGAAAGAAGGUUUGCAGGCUGUGCCCAGGACAAGGCAAAGAGAAGAAAGCGGAAGAGCAAACAGGCGUGGGGAGAGGAGAGUGCAAGGCGCGCGGCAAAGAAGAGGAGGAAGAGAGAAGCGGUUUUGGCGGAUGGAGCAGUGCAAAGACGCAGGAAGGCGCAGCAGGCGCUGAUUCCUUGUCGCCGGGCGAAGCGUUGGGAGUGCUGGGCCCCGCCGCUGACGUCCAGAAUAAAAUGAUGUUUUCUGU